AUGUGGCCCGCACAUGAACGGUUAUGUUCUAGCAAAGAAGAUUCUUUGAGCAGGAUACUAUUGGCUUACCAUGGAGAGAGAUUGUUUUCGCUUUGUUCGCAAGUAUCACAGUGCCAAAUUCACAGUGACCAAAUUCAUUUGCCUCCUUUAGAGUUGCACCCUAUGUCUGCUCCUUGGCCUUUCAUUGCUUGGGGGAUAGACGUUAUUGGGCCAAUUGAGCCAAAGGCUUCUAAUAGGCACAGAUUCAUUCUAGUUUCCAUUGACUACUUCAUCAAAUGGGUAAAAGCUGUUACAUUCAAAUCAGUCACCAAGAAAGCGGUUGUAGACUUUGUUCAUUCUAACAUCAUAUGUCGUUUUGGUAUACCAAAGACCAUUAUCACGGACAAUGCAACCAAUCUUAAUAGUCAUCUCAUGAAAGAGGUGUAUGAGCAAUUUAAAAUUAUGCAUCACAACUCUACCCCUUAUCGGCCCAAAGCCAAUGGAGCUGUUGAAGCUACAAACAAAAACAUCAAGAAGAUCCUCAGGAAAAUGGUACAAGGAUCCAGGCAAUGGCACGAAAAAUUGUCUUUUGCUCUUUUAGGGCACAGCACAACUAUUUGCACGUCUGUUGGAGCAACUCCUUACUUAUUAGUUUAUGGAACUGAGGCAGUCAUACCAGCAGAAAUAGAAAUCCCCUCUCUUCGAAUCAUUGUUGAAGCAGAGAUUGAUGACAUUGAAUGGGUCAAGUCUAGACUAGAACAAUUGUCAUUAAUCGAUGAAAAGUGGUUAACGGCGAUUUUCUUUGGCCAGUUAUACCAAAGAAAGGAUGGCUCGCACUUACAACAAGAAGGUUCGCCCACAAGCGCAGAAUUGAUAUUCAAGAAUGAAGUUCCAUAUUUGGUCAGAGAAAGAAGAAUGUUCAAUCUUGAAGGCAGUUAG